AUGGCGGUCAUGCAUAGUACGUGGCUCCAGCCGACCGUGGCCUACGGCAUCGCUUGCUUCGCCGGCUUCUGCGUCUCAGACGCCAUUGCGCUCCUCGACGCUCUCCCCCCAACGAUGAGAUGCGACGUAUUGAGCAUUGUCUACGCGCGCAUCCAGGCGACGGACGACCCGAGCAAGCUCUUCCGCGUCGUCGCGAUCAACUCUGCUGUCGUUGACACGACAAUUCAGCUCCAGCUCGUACAACCAACAAUGCCGUGGCCUGUCACUGUGGUUGUCGACUGGAUUCCGCGCUGGGUGGGCAGCGCUAUGCUCGCAUUCUGGCCCUGCGCCGUCACAUCGCUCGAGAUCUCGCUGCCUCCGUCGUUGGUCAAGACAGAUGAGAUCCUCGCCGGCAUCACAGAGGACGAGAACACUGGAUUCAACUGCAUGUGGCUCGCGUCAUCCCCCGUGCAGUCGCUCACUUUGAACGAGAUCGAUUUUGGACAACGUGCGGCGAUAACGCUCGCGCGCAUCAUCAGUCACUCGACGACGCUCAAGUCUCUGGUGCUGUACGACACGCCUGCGUCAUGGCGUCAUCAUUCACAGCUCACCCCUGCACUCUCUGACGCGUCUACGCCACCACUACCGCCGCAGUUGACGCCGCAUGCGCUGCACCUGACCUCGUUGUCGAUUACUGAGGUGGCGGCCUGGGGCACCAAAAUUGCGGCGUCACAGCUCUCGACUCUCACCCUCGAAUUGAGCAUUCCGCGCGACUUGACAGCUAUCGUGUGCAAUGCGCUUGCUUUGCCGACGAUGGAGAAUCUCAGCCUCCGUUGCGUCGUUCUCACGGGCACCAAUGCCUCGGGUCUGCGCCGUUUCCAAUUUAUUGGCUGCUCCCUCUUCGGCCAAACGCUGGCAACUGUCGUCGAGAUCAUCCAGACGUCUGAAGUGCUCGAAGACAUUGAAUUCAAAAAGUAUAACUCGAUCCCACCGUCGUGUGUCGCUGCGAUCGCGGCGGCCCUGCCUGCGUGGACAACCCACGAGUUUGUCCAUGUGCUGCCUUGCGUGCGCAAUUCGUCUCGCUUCGCGCUGCGCCUCCGCGAUACAAAGCUGGCGACGCGAGAUAAAAAGCAUCUCGUCGCCGCUCUCAGCGACGUGCCCUAUGGAACGAGCGACGCAGAGGAGCAAGACGUCGCAGCAUACGCGCAGCACGUCGGUGUGCUCAUGGUCGAUGCAACAACGUUUUACGCGCCACUAGCGCAGCUUGUGUCCAAGAAGAGACAGACGUAA